UUGUAAUUCAUUAUAGAUUUUGUACUCAUCAUUUCAGGUAACCCAGAACGAAAGAAAAUUAUUGGUAUACUCAGACGAAGAGGAAAUUUCAUAUAUAAUACGGAUUCUAACGAAAAUAAAGGAGAUUUAAUUGUUUGUCGGCGUCCAGGAAAACAUUUAAAUAGAAAAGCAACCAAUUUUAUUCCUUGUGCAAAGUGCAAAGGUCUUUUUGCUAAAAAUAAUAUAAGACAUUAUUUUGCAUCAUGUGCGAAAAACCAGGGGCAUUCUCAAAGAAAUGUUAAAAUAUUGGGACGUACUGUCGCUUGCCGUAUACAUCACACUGCAGAGCCAAUAUUAAGAAGAAUAGUAUUCCCACACGGAAAAAACAAGCACAGUUAUAUUAACAUGACAUGCUUGGUUCAACAAGAUUUAGUUGGACUAAAUAGAAUUUCUGGUUAUCAUAAUAAAAUAUUCUGGUAACCAACCAGAAUAUUUAGGUGUGACAAUGGUAAAAUUUUGAUUAUUACUAAUCUAGUUAUAAUAUCUAAGUGUCUGGUUAUUAUAACUAUAUAACAUAGAUAGAUAAACAUGAUAUGUAUAGUUAAUACAAUUAAACACAAUUUUUGGUUAUUAUAAUAAAAUAUUCUGGUAACCAACCAGAAUAUUUUGUUACAAUAUCCGUAACAGUUCAUUGGAUACCGUGUGUGGAUGUUGCAUCGGAAUUAUACGCGCAGUUCUUAUUUCAUUUGAUGAUCGUAAGCAGUGCUUCCAGUCUCAAAUCUUUUACAGCAGCAAGCGAUCGACAAUCGACUAUCUGCUGUCUUUUUUCCAUGAAGGAGACAGCUCGAGAGAAAAGGAAACAGCAGAUAGUCGAGUGCCGUCGACCAAGCUGUUCGCUAUCCUCUCCACUUACAGCACGCUGCUGUGAAAAGAGUCGAGACUGGAAACACUGUCGUGAGUUUCCUCACAAAAAUCAUAAAUUUGGACUGUGGACGUGUUGGACGUGUUAAACGUGUUGGACGUGUUGUGGACGUGUUGUGGACGUGUUGUUGGAUAAAAAUAACCUCAAAAACGAUUAUAUAUUAAAAAUGGAUGAUAAAACAUGCGAUUUACUUCGUGAAUGGGGAUUUGAAGAUUAUAUUGACAUCUUUAAAGCAAAUGAAAUUGAUUAUACAGCUUUGAAAAUUAUGAAGCCUUCCGACUUUCAGACUAUAAUACCAAAGAUAGGACCUAGAAUCAAAUUUUGUGAUAAAUUAGACCAUUAUAAGGCUGAUCUACUUACACAGGUAUUGACAGUAUUUUUGCAAUUAAUCUCUUCACAAGCAUCAUCCUUAAUAAAUGACAUAUCAACAGAAAACGAUUCUUUAAAUCCUCCAAUUGUAAUUUCUGAUAACAAUGAUGUUUAUGACACUGAUAACACUGUUAUAAAAGAAACAGUAUUAAACGUAAUCACUUUGAAUGAAGAAGGAGGAGAGCAGACAGAAGAGAUACAUUCUACAACAAAUGUUAUUACACAACUCUGUGAUACUGAUUUAGAUGCAAAAGCUGCCAAAACUGUUUUAAAUAGUACUUGUAGUUAUAAACAAAAGGACGCAGCAAGAAGCAAACUGUGUUUAGCCAUUAUUAAAAAUGAGUUAAAAGAAAACGAGAACAAAAGAGUAAGUCAUAGACGAUGGCAAGAAUUAGCCUUGCAAAUACAGGACGCUAUUCCAGGAGAAAUUCAAGAGACAUAUUAUAUUCCUUAUAAAAAGCAUUCUGACAAGAAAGUAAAUGCCAAAGGCAAAUUGUACGAUAAAUAUACAAAUUAUGUAAAAGAACUACGUAAAAGUGGUUUAAGACAAAAAAUUUCAAAUUCGACAAACAAUGAACCAGUUGUAACUUUAAAUGAUGAUUUGAGUGGAAUGCUUGAGUGGCUUCGUACUCAUAAAGAACCAUACGAAGAAGUAAAAGAAAAAUGGGAUGCUACUCGUGAUGUUAGAUUGGCGCAGCUACGACAGGGAACAAGUAGUGUGUAUGAUUAUAUAACUGAAUAUAGUGCUCUUCAGUUAGCAACUGGCUUCCAGUUACUUCUAUCAGACUUUAAAAAAUUAUAUCCUGAGUACGACACACGAAUGUGGAGUAGGUGGGGAGAAUUCACAAGGAAAGUUUCACUGUUAUUAUCUAUUGAAGGAGAUUCUGAUUUGUGCCUUAUGCUAAACUUAGGACAUCUAUUUACUCCAGUACCUGUACCACUAGCAAAUAGAAAAAAGUGGAAGCCAAGUACUCAGGAAAUGAUAGAUGGAUUUAUUCUUCAUGUUAAAGUAAUGAAUGAUUUGGAGCCGAGUUUAGAAAGAGUUAGAUGCAGAGCCCAAGCUUUGAAAACAAAAGUUCAACCGCUUGUUGUUGCUGUAGGCUCAACUUUAUCAUUAUGCAAGGACUUUUACGUCGUAAUAGACAAAAAUUAUUACAGAUUCGAUGAUAUUCGCACGGCAAUAGAUGUAUGCUUUAAGUGCGUGCAUGCUUUACACGCUGAAUAUUCUCCUCAAUGUGAAAAUAUUUGGUAUUUUUUGCAAUUUGCAUUAUAUGAAUUACAUACUCAGUGGGAUAAAGUUAUACCUCAAGUAAGUAAACAGUUGAAAGCUUUUUCCGAAAAGUAAGAAGUUUUUUUAUGUUGUAACUAGU